AUGGCUUAUUGUUGUUCGCAGUGCAGUUUCAAGGCGCAAUUCGAAAGUGCACUAUCUAUGCAUCACCAGUUGCACCACGAAGCGCACGACUGGGAUUUCAAGACCAUAAAAGGGACUGAAGUUAAAUCAAAUACAAUUCCAUUGGAGAGAGUCUACAAUAGUAAGGAUAUAGGCAAUAAAUCACUAGGAAGGACAUCGUCAGCGACGCGAUUGUUCGAGAAACUGCGCGCACGCAUCUGUCGAAGCAAGACGCUUUUCCCGCAUCCAGAGGAAGGCAAUAACCUUAACGUUGUCAACUUUGAUCUAUCAGCCCAAAGCGAAUGCACGUCUAAAGCGAUGCAAGGCCUCCCGUCCUGUUGCAGUGGCGUAUCUGAUGGGAUCAACGAGUCUCGCAAGGAGAUAUUCUCUUGCCACUUAUGUUCCUUUGAUGCGGAUCGAAUAACAGUCCUCGAUCGUCACCUUCUAAAUGACCACAAAAUCGGCCUAGAGAAUCUUUUAAAACUAGUAAUGGCGAAAACGAAAGACGGACUUUCCGACGAGAAACCGGCUCAGAUGUACGGCAUCCGACAACCGUAUUACAGACCGCCGGACGAUAUAAUAGAAAACGGAGAAUUCAUCAUAGAAACUGUAACUCCAAAGAUAAAAAUCUUGAAGCAUGCCGCAGUUAAUACCGACCUUAAGUAUGCGGACAUACCAGACCUGACUGACAAUUGCAAAGUGAUAUCUCGCGAAAUAGAGAAACUGUUCGAAGUGCCGCUAGAGAACACUGACAAAGACGCGUUUUACGUUAAGAUGCAGACUCUGAAUGAGUGUAUGUGUAAGUUCGUGGACUCCUCCAACACUCUCAAGCGGGUGUUGACGAAGGAAUUUGUGCAAAAGAAGAAUAUGGAUCGUACGAAUAACGAACCGUUUUUUGAACUCGGUUUGGGGGAUCGAGAGUCACCUAGGGAUUGGGAGAGGGCUCACAGCGAAAAACUGGAGAGGAACCGAAGUAAGCACCCUGAAACCAGGAGCGAUAGACUGAAAUUAUCUUCAGAUAGUUUUUACUUUUGAGAAAUGUUCUUAGUACUUGUAUAACG